AAUGUCUAGUGUUCCCUGCAUUUUAUAAUAAACCCAGGUCAAGGACGCUCGUACUAUGGAUUGUAUAAUGCGUGCCGCGUCUCAGUGGAAGUGCAUUGACAGGGGUUGUAGCUGUACAUGUACAACGUGUACAUGUACAUGUACAUAAACUUGGUAGGCAUAUCGGUACCACACUGUCCUGCGCCCUUGAAAUUACCGCUGACCAUAAUAAGAAGGAGAGGUCAGUCGUUUCGUGCGUAGCCUUCACGGAGCAAUGAUAUUGCAACGGUAGGGCUGUAUAAUGUGAGUGACUCAACGCUGUUGUGAUAAAUAGACGGUAGAUGUUGUAGUGGUCAACACCUACAGCCGUCGGUAGUAGACAAGAGUUCCGGCUAAUUAACUUCCACGCGAGACAGAAGUCCAUCGAACGUGGGGCCUGCCAGCGCCAGCCAGCGGAGAGGAUCUAGGGGGACGAGUGUAUAGAACUGCACUAGUAUGAUGGCGGAAAUAACGAAGGACAAUUCGCAAUCCGCCUCUCUGGUUAGCUUGUGCAACGACUACGAGCACUAUCUCCGCUGCAUCGCGCAGUUUGACAAAGGCGUGUCCGGCUGGCUGGCCGACUACAAGAUAUGGGUGAAGGAUGACCUGGGCACGAGGAUUCUGGAGAAGCUGGAUGUCGCCGUGCCGGAGGGAGGUCAACUGCGGAUCCUGGGUGUAGGAAGUGGCGAAGGCGAAGUGGAAUGUAACUUGAUCUCGCGUGUCCUGACCACGUAUCGAUCCAUCCACAACACUGUUGUCGACCCCAGCGUGACCCAGCUUGACCUCUACAAUGCCCGCGUUAAGGACAUCCAGCAGCAGUCGGCGCUCCGUGGCGUGGAUUUCGACUGGCAUGCCGAGACCCUGGCCCAGUACAGGCUCUCCAGCGAGCAGUCUGGGGACCAGACCAAAUUCCACCUCAUCAGCGCUUUGUUCUGUCUCUACUACGAGCCAGAUAUGGAUUCAAUGCUGGAUUAUCUGUACAGCCGCUUGGAGCCUGGGGGCGUCCUACUCGUAGCAUUGGAGUCAGAAAAGUGUGACGUCAUCAAGAUCGAGGAGAGAUUUCGGUUCGCACAGGACGACCUGAACCCACUUUUCAGCAGUCGCGACCUCCGUGACUACUUCAGCGGGCACAGCAUUCCGCACGCCGUCUGCGGCCAACUCAACGAACACCACGACUUCGACAUCACGGCCGCCUUCGACGACUCGUCGGAAGAGGGCGCCCUGCUGCUGGACUUCCUCUCUAAUGUCCUGAACUUCCGAGAGAGCGUGUCUUCCUCCGUCCUUGAGGAGUUCAAGGCCUAUCUCAGGAGCCUGGCCACCGGCAGGGACGGCAAAGAGUUCCUGUACUACGACUCGGAGCACAUCAUCGCAUGGAAACCCAGAAUGGCAACUUCCCGGAAGGAGUUAUAGUUAAGUUUCCAUCAUCAUUGACCGUGAUACGCAUGCGUGAAACAUAUCACGUGAACGAAUACAUUAUGUGACCUGAUUCGGGAUACGUUCUUAUGGUUUCAAAUCCAUGGCAAUCAGUGUGGUUUCGCUGCAUGUUUCGGGUUUGAAUCUCUGAGGAAUUGUACAUUUUAUUUUUUCCCCUCCAAAAAUCAAUUUUCUUCCCUUAAUUGUGUUUAAUCGAGUCCUGAUUAUCGCUAAAAUGAAAUUCAGCCUAUUCUUCUCGUUCUUGGCUCUUCAUGAUGUUUUCAAACUUAGUAAAGUCCGAUAAUCAUUCUUUUAGCAACUGACGCAUGCGCAUUACGGACAUCGAUUAGGGUUUCGGUGGAGGGCGGUUUUUUUUUGGUCAUAGGUGAAGGGGUCAUGUGUCACGGUGAAUGUUCGUGUAAUCUCUACUCGAGUGGGAAGCUCGUAGCUACUAUAGGUUUGUCAGUGCACAUUUUUAAUCACAAAAUCGCCAUGUGACACUGUGCCUUGGUGAUGACAUGAAGAGUCUGAACAAGAUUUUAUCGGAACAAAUGUAUAUUUGUAAUUUGAAAUAGUCCGAGUUUAUUUUGAAUAUCUCUUUCGUGUCUGUUGUAUGUCUAUUUCGGUUGUAAAUUUUCAAAAACGUACACUUGUGUGAGUCUGUAUGAUGAAGUAGCUUUAAAAGCUACGAAAACUUACGCCAUAAAUUUAUUUUAGUUUAAUAGUCAAGUUCAAGUGCUAAUUAUAUUUGUAUCUGUAAGUACCAGACUGUAUACUUCUUCGUUAUCGGUGUGAAACUGCCCAACAGCUACCUCAUUGGAAACAACGGAGAGGUGACAGAUAUGUUAACCGAACACCUCGAAAUGAUCUUUGAAGCUGCGGAUCAUUGUCUAUGAAUUACGGAUUAUGGGAUUAUCGGAUUACGGGUUAUCACCUUUCAUUGAGCUGCGGUUACCGCCGUCAGCCGGCGCGUGGGCUGAACGUUUGUUACGAGCUAACUAACUAACUAAAUAACUCACUCACUAACUAAUAACUCACUCACUCCCCAACAGAGAGACACAACGAUUUGUUGAACUGAUGUCCGCAGAUUAAAAAACACACCUUUUGGAAGUUUCAUGGAGUAGGUAUGAUCCACUAUUGAAAUUUUCUACUUACGCAAGUUUUUGAAAUUACCUUUUACCUCUGUGGAACUCGUUUAUCUGAAUGAUUGAAAUAUUUAACUGUUUUUGAGGAAAUAAAAAUGUGAGACUUUUAAGAGUCCUUUUUGUUGAGCAUC